AUGGGGAAGCUUUUCCAAGGUUUUCCCAUCUGGAGAUCCGAUACAAAGUCCGCGAGUCGUGCUAGUAGCCAUUUCUGUGACUUGGACAUUGAGGAUGACAAGGACGUCGACCACUCUUUGGAGUCCUUAAAAGAAGGCCAAGAAAAUGAGGGAUUGAACAAACAGCAAGUUUUGGAACUUCUUCUUCCACUGGCUCGUAGCAAGCGUGAACAACCACCAUCCAAGCCUACUAAGCCAAAAGAGUCGAGACUGUCUGUUAUAUUGCUUGAUCAAGGUUUGUUCACUGUCUACAAGCGACUCUUUGUAGUUUGUUUGGCUUUGAACAUCACUGCCUUGGUGGUUGCAGCAAGUGGACACUUCUCUUACGCCAAUCGCAAAGCUGUCCUUUUCUCCAUCGCCAACAUUUUUGCUUUGACAUUUUGUCGAAGUGAGGCUUUCUUGCGAGUUGUGUUCUGGCUAGUAGUGAACGUCUUGGGAUGGUCAUGUGUGCCUCUAAGAAUCAAGACAGCCACCACAUCCCUCUUACAGUCUCUUAGCGGGAUACAUAGUGGUUGUGGUAUAUCGUCAAUUGCAUGGCUCAUCAUUGGCGUUGCCUCUGCCAUUCUGGCCCUUCUCUGUCUAUCUUCUUUGGUUUGGGCCUUUAUCCUCCUUAAAAUAUCCUAUGAUUCUAUGACUAAGUCCUACAGGGACCAUUUUGGUUUUAGGUUGGUUAAACACCAAGAGUUUUGGUUUACACUUGCCAUCACAGUACUUAUUAUCAUUCCAUGGGUGACUAUGAGACGUGUCCCGGUUAAGGUCUCUGCUCCUUCCGGCCAUGCCUCCAUAAUCAAGUUCGAAGGAGGAGUGAAAUCCGGUAUAUUGGGCAGGAUUAGUCCGUCGCCCUUCUCAGAAUGGCACGCCUUUGGCAUCAUUUCUGAUGAUAAGCAAAAGCAUAUGAUGUUGGCUGGUGCAGUUGGUGACUUCACAAAGUCCUUGGUCUCCAACGCACCAAGCUACCUAUUGGUUCGGCAGGUGCACUUUGCGGGCUUGCCUUAUCUUACCAACAUGUACGACAGGGUUUUGUUGGUGGCGACGGGUUUAGGCAUAUGCGUGUUCCUGUCAUUCCUGUUGCAGCCAUGUUCGGAAAUCAAAGAGAUGAUGAGUGGGCACCCUAAAGAGAAAGUGAUUGUCUAUGACACCGCAGUGCUUGGCCGGCCUAACGUCUCUCAGAUGAAUGUUGAUGCUGCCAAAAGAUGGGGAGCACAAGUUGUGAUUGUUACUAGCAAUUCGGAAGGGAGCAGAGACGUUGUCAAUGCAUGCAAGGAUGCGGGAAUUCCUGGCUUUGGCCCCAUUUGGGACUCCUAA